AUUAACCAGAAAAAAACGAAACGAUGAAACCUAAAUUGAAUAAUCAACAAACAUUAUUCAUGAUCUUAUUCAAGAUUAUAAUACAAUUAUAUACAUGGAUUACAUUACCAUUGUAUUUUAUCAUACAACAACCAUGGAAUCAUCGUCGUCGUAAUGAAAAUAAUCGUCUUCGUAUUCAUCGCCAUGAAUCGGACAAAUCAGAUAUGACAGAUAUUUAUAUUCGUAAUGAUUCCGGUGUUUAUGAUCAUCCAAUAUUUGAGCAGUCAACAUUAACGAAAAUGUUUCAAGAAACGAUACGAAUAAAUCGUCAUGAUCAACCAUGUCUUGGUUAUAGAAAAAUUCUAGAAGAAAUUCCUGAUGAAAAAAGCGGUGGUGGUAAAGUCAGAAAAUAUCGUCUAUCAUCAUCAUAUAAAUGGCUUACCUAUAUGGAUGUGGAUAAAAUUACCAAUAAUCUUGCACAAGGUUUAAUGGCGAAUGGUGUACAGAAAUCCGAUCGUAUCUUAAUAUUUGCUGAAACACGUGUUGAAUGGAUGAUUUGCUUUCAAUCUAUUUUACGUAUCGGUUCACCGAUAGUGACUGUUUAUGCGAAUAUGGGUAUCGAAGGUUUAAAACAUGGAAUUGAAGAAACAAAUGUUCAUACGAUCAUUACAUCAUUGAAUUGUGUGCCGAUGCUUAUGAAAACAUUGAAUCAAUCACAACAAAAUUCAGUCAAACAAGUUAUCUAUAUGGAUGGUCAUCAAAAACCGAAUUCCACAAUUGAUUUUGGAUCCAAUAUUCAGGUUUGGCCUUUAAGUACCGUAGGUGAUGUUGGGAAAAAAAUUAUUGAAAAUAAUCAACAACAAUCAUAUCCUGAUGCAAAUAUUGAUGAUCCAUUAGUAAUAAUGUAUACAUCGGGUACAACUGGCACACCGAAAGCGGCCACAAUAACACAAAGACAAUUUUGUGCAUCAAUUCGUGCAUUAUACACAAUCGUACGAAAUGUUGCUCAUAGUGGUCCAUUGCAUACAUAUGUUUCAUAUCUUCCAAUGGCACAUAUUAUGGAAUUAACAUUGGAAAUAUUUUUCACAUUAUUCGGUGUUCGAUUAGGCUAUGCAACACCAUUCACAUUGAUAGAUUCGGCUACAGGUUUAGCAAAAGGCCAAAAAUCUGAUCUUCAAUCACUUAAACCAACAAUAAUGACAUCGGUACCAUUAGUAUUGGAAAGAAUUCUCAAACAAAUUGAUGAAAAACUUCGAAACACUUCGACAAUAUCUCAAAUGGCCAUUGAAUAUCUGAUUGAUUAUAAAGCUCAUUGGACUAGUCGUGGUUAUCAAAGUCCAUUGAUUACGUAUUUAAUUUCCUCGAAAAUUCGUGAAAAAUUUGGUGGAAAUCUUCGUGUAAUGAUAUGUGGUGGUGCAGCAUUAGAUCCGAUUGUUGAAUCAAGAAUUCGUGCCGCAUUAGAUGUUAUCUUAAUGCCUGGUUAUGGUGCAACAGAAACAACCGGUGCUGCAUUCUGUAUGGAUUUUCAUGGAUUAGAUUAUGGAUUUGUUGGUGCACCAAUGGGUGAUGUUUACUUUCGAUUACGUGAUUGGAAUGAAGGUGGCUAUUCUGUACGUGAUAAACCAAAUCCACGUGGUGAAAUUCUUAUCGGUGGUGAUCUAAUUGUUAUCGAAUAUUUUCGUAAUUCACCAUUGACUUCGGAAACAUUUCAAACCGAUCAAAAUGGAAUUCGUUGGUUUCAAACCGGUGAUAUUGGUGAAUUAUAUCCAAAUGGAUAUCUUAAAAUUAUUGAUCGUCGAAAAGAUUUGAUUAAAUUACAGAAUGGUGAAUAUAUUUCAUUGGGUAAAGUUGAAGCUGCUCUAAAACGUAGCCAAUAUGUAGAAAAUAUCUGUGUAUAUGGCCACAUUAUGUCCGAUGAUCUGGUUGCAUUAAUUACACCGGAAAGAAAUUCCUUGAAACAAUUGGCUAAAGAUCUGAAUAAAUCAGAUGAUAUGAAUAUACAAGAUUUAUGCAAUGAUAAAGAUAUUGAACGCACCGUUUAUGAGGAUAUCACGAAAAUGGCCAUACAAUCUUUGCUGGGCCGAAAAGAAAUUCCACGACGAAUACGUUUAGUACCAGAUGUUUGGUCCAAUGAAACCGGUGUAUUAACAGCAGCGUUAAAAAUGAAACGUCGUGUUGUUGAAAAAAUGUAUCGACAACAAUUGGCUGAUUUAUAUUCCAAUCAUGAUAAUAAUAAUAUUGAUGCAAAUAAUAAUGUUGCCAAAUAAUAGUCUGUUUUUUCGAAAAAAAAUUG